UUCUUUUACUGUAAAAACAGAAGCUGCGGUCCAGAAAGCCAGUGGCCAAGAGCUACGUGCCAAAGCUAAACAAAGAAAAAGGAGAUGUGUCAAGCAAAUUUGAGGCCAUGCAGAGAGCCAGAGAGGAGCGCAGCCGUCAGAGGAACAGGGACGAACAGCAGAAGAGGAAGGAUCAAUAUGUCAAGGAGAGGGAGUGGAAUCGCAGGAAGCAGCAGAUAAAAGACCUUCUUGCUUCCAGUGAUGAGGAAGAGGAGGUGAAACCGAAAAAGGUGGAGAAGUCUUACGUCCCCAAAAUCACAGGUAGUGUGAAGGGGAAGUUUGCAGAAAUGGAAAAACAGAGACAAGAAGAAGAGAGGAAGAGGAUGGAGGAAGAGAGGAAGAAAAGAGAGGCCCAGGACCACAUGGAGAAACUCAAAAUCAAGAAGGAAUUGGCACAGAAAGCUGCUGAGGAAGGAGAUGACACAAUCCUGAUACGGGUGGUUCCAGCAAAGACAUCAAGACCUCCGGGCAAAAUCAAGAUGAACUUUGAGGACAUUGAGAAAAGCAGAGAGGAGGAGCUGAGGAAAAAGGUAGAGGAGGAGAAGAAAAGACGAUAUGAUGAAAACAGACGCUCUUUCAGGGAGGCAAAGCGACGCUCUGUUGUUCAACAGGAUGAAGAGGAGAAACCUUCAGAGAAGUUGUCAGUGACUCCUGGAAAACUGAAGCUGACAUUUGAGGAACUGGAAAAGGAACGUCAGGAGCAGCGGAGGAAGCAAGCUGAGGAAGAAGCCAAGCAACGCCUGCUAGAAGAGAAGAAGGCUUUUAAGGAGGCCAAGGAAGGAAUGGAAGAUGAUGAGGACAUCGGUGAAGAGGAUCAUGACGACAAAGAAGAGAUGCGUCCUGGAAAACUGAGGCUGAGCUUUGAGGAGCUGGAGAGACAAAGGGUUGAAGAGGAGCGCAAGAAAGCAGAGGAGGAGGCAAAGAGACGCAUGGAGGAGGAGAGGAGAGCUUUUGCUGAAGCAAGGAAGAGCAUGCUCAUAGAUGAAGACGAUGAAGUACUGAUGGCCUUGCUGAACCUGGAGGGCAGCAAACCUGGGAAAAUAUGUGUCAGUUUUGAAGAACUAGAGCGGCAGAGACGCGAGGAGGAGCAGAGGAAGGCAGAGGAGGAGGCAAAGAGGAGACUGGAAGAGGAGAAGAGGCUCUUUGCUGAGGCCCGCAAAAGCAUGGUGCUGGAGGAUGAUGAGGAGAUGGUAAAGAGUGACUCUCAGGAGGCUCUGCACCCCAGAAAAUUAGAGAUCAACUUUGAGGAGCUCCUUAAAGAAAAAGAGGAGGCUGAGAGGAGAAGGAAAGCUGAGGAACGCAAAAAGAAACUCGAACAGGAAAAACAGGAAUUUGAGCAGCUCAGAAAAGAGAUGGGAGAGGAUGAAAUUAAUGAAAGCUCGGAUGUCAUAAGCAAAGAAUAUGAAGAGCUGACAAAGCUCAAGAAAACUGGCUCCAUUCAGGCCAAAAACCUCAAGUCCAAAUUUGAGAAAAUCAAGCAGCUGACGGAGGAGGAGAUCCAGAAAAAGAUUGAGAUGGAAAGAGAGCGGAGGAAGGCCAUUGAUGAUGAAAUUAAACAGAGAGAAGCUGAGAGGGCCCAGGAGGACGAGGAAGAGGAGGAAAGAGAGACAACCCCAGUGAGAUCUGAGGACUCACCGUUCAAACAUAAGGUGGACAUGCGUGCUCGGUUUGAACAAAUGGCCAAAGCCAGAGAGGAAGAGGAACGGAGGAGGAUAGAGGAGCAGAAGCUGCAGAGGAUGCAGUUCGAACAGCAAGAAAUUGACGCCGCCCUGCAAAAAAAAAAGGAGGAUGAUGUAGAGGAUGAAGGCAGCAUCAUCAACGGAUCGGCAGCCUAUGAAGAUGAGGAAGAUCAUGCGAGGUCAGGGGCACCGUGGUUCAAAAAGCCCCUCAAAAACCAGUCCGUGGUGGAUUCUGAGCCAGUUCGUUUCACUGUUAAGAUCACUGGGGAGCCAAAGCCAGAAGUCACCUGGUGGUUUGAGGGAGAGAUGCUCCAGGACUGUGAGGACUAUCAGUAUAUUGAAAGAGGAGAGACAUACUGCCUUUACCUGCCGGAGACCUUCCCGGAGGACGAGGGGGAGUAUAUGUGCAAGGCUGUAAACAGCAGGGGCACAGCAGCCAGUACCUGCAUCCUCACAAUAGAAACUUAUGACUACUGAUGCCCUUCCAUUUUGAAAGAGUUUCCCUGUUGUUUUUCAAUAAAUCCACUGUGGUCAAACGGUAGAGGGAAGGACAUUAUGCUUGGCAUUCCUAAGACAAGGAUACACAGCACAUGCACAAACAUACAUACAUAAGAAAUGAAGUUGUUGUUUACGUGUUGCUAAAUGGAAAAUGCUGCCCGGAUGUCGGAUGAUACCUGUGCCAAAACAGACAGAUUCCUGUUCUACUACCAGAGAUCGCCCUGUACUUUAAAUGUUUAUUGUUGUGAGACCCUAACCAUGUUCAUUUGUCCAAAAUGUUGCUGAUCUGCAUUGUAAAUAUCACACUUCAUGGUCCAUAAGCAGAAAAUAUUCUAAUGUGAUCUCAGACUGAGAUGCAGCACUUGUCAAAGUAUUAUCAGAGCUGCCACAUCUUGCAGUAAGGAACAUAUCUCAUUUUUAUAUACAGAAUCUGACAAAAAAAGAUGGACUUUUAUUCAUGCACACACCUAAUGUCCCCCAAAUUCUUGACACAGAUAUUAUUGUUAAUUUGUCGAGAAUUAAUUUUUAUUGUUUGAUAGUUAAGGAAAAGUAGCCUAGCUUGAAUAUUGUCUUAUAUUAUAAAUAGAGAGCAAGUUUUAAUAAAAUAAAAAUUUAAAAAUCAUGA